AUUGUGUCAGGCACCAACCGGGGGAGGCGUCUUCUGUCCCCCGCCGACCGCAAUGUGCGGCCCAUGAUGGAGAUGGUGCGGGCGGCGGUCUUCGACAUGUUGCACGCGCUGCUGGACGCGCCGCACCGCCUGCCGACUGGCUCGCGCUGGCUGGACCUGUACAGCGGCACGGGGAGCGUUGGAUUAGAGGCGAUGAGCCGAGGGUGUGGGCAGGCGCACUUUGUGGAGAUGGACCCGUGGGUUGUAUCUUCUGUGCUUUCCCCCAACAUUGAAGCCUGCUCCGCCUCCUCCCACACCACCAUCCACCCGCCCAAAGUCGGGUCCUUUCUCCAGCAAGCGGAGCAAAGAGGAGCCGAGUGGGUGGGAGGGCCCUUCACCUUCAUCAGUGUGACUCCCCCCUAUGAGCUCGUCGUGUACAGUCAACUCAUGGCCCAGCUCGCUGCCUCGCCGCUGCUGCACCCAGAGACAUGCAUGGUCGUGGAGUAUCCAAACAAAUCUAAGGAUGAGAUCUUGGACACAUGCGGUCCUCUAUAUAAG